UGGGAGGAUAGUUUUAACGAGCCCUCCAACGGUAUCCAAGCUGGUUCUCUGCUUCAUAACCACCACCAACGGAAGUCCAGUUCGAAUGCAUAUAAUAAGGCUGAUUUGCAGGUCUGCGAUUUGCCAUCAAGUUCCAAACCUCAAAGUAAGGCUUUGGCUUUAACCGCCAGUAUUAGUCGCCGGCCAUCAACUUCAAUCGCUUCCUUAUCUCAAGUUGACAUACUCAUUAAUGGAGAUGAUUCGACUGACUCGGAUUUGGCUUUAUCUUGUCGGUUGGCUUCAUUUAAGGGGCCAUCCAGAUUUCAUGACUCAGAUCCAGGUUCAUUGUCUAUCGUACAUUCGGAUGAUGAGCCACUGACACCGUUAAAUGGGGAUCCAGUUCAGUUCAAAACUCCUCUUCACAACACUUGUGAACUUGAAAAAGUGAGUUCAAGUCCAAAACUCAGUCUGAGGCAAGCUAGAGGCCAGCUUACCUGCAACGAAAUUGGAAAUUUAAUCGUGCCUUACGUCAAACAAACCUUGAGCCUGAAUGCAAAUAACACUCAGAGGCCACUUCCAGAGCCCAGGUUGACUGUGAAGAAAGCAAAUGGAGAUCGUAUUGAUAGAAUUGGGUCUAGAGUUGUUGCUAGCUCCACACUCGCUUCUAUCCCUAUGGCUCCAGGGGCUGCGCUUUCCACUACAUCAAGCUGGCUCUUACGUCUUUUUGAGUCAACUCUCUUCAAUAUGGAUCUUGCUCUGCAAUAUCUACACAAAACGCAGGAGCCUGGCGUAUUGGCAUAUCUUAGUGAGUCUAUUUUAUCUGUUCUUUUUUUAAUAAAAAUAACUACAUUUUAA